ACAUAGUGGUAAACUGUGGCUAUAUCCGGAUGAACAUUUCGCAGUUUCCAUACACCCCCAUCCUGAUAGUUCUAAUUAGUUAAUUAGGUACACAGGUAUGCACGUUUGAAAUCUCUUAACUCUUGCUCCAGUGUAAAGUAAAUGUGGGCAUGUUGUGGCCAUCACACCCAAAUAGACACUUGACAGAAUUAUUCCUUCGUAGUUGCAUCUCCUCCACCAACCAUUUCUCUACCUCAAUAACUGCAACUACUAUUUCUGGUGUUGCAGAGGUUCACCAUAAGGUAGGCUGGGUUUCUCAGAACAAAUUAUUCCAAAAGUUCCCUCGUUUGCAUUCCCUUGAAGAAGAAUGCAAGUCACUAGGUCAAUUGAAACAGGUCCUCUCCUGCAUCUUUGUCUCCGGUCUACACCGAAACUCUUUUGUUAUGAGCCGCGUUCUUUUUUCCUGUGUUUUCUUUUUAGAUGAAGACACUAAACUCAAAAGAAGUUAUGGAGCUUUUGUCUUUAGCCAAGUGGAUAGACCCAAUACCUUCUCUUGGAAUACCAUGAUCAGGGCCUUUGCUAUCUCCUCUGAUUCUUAUGACACUUUAAUUGCCUUUCAGUAUUAUGUUCAAAUGCUUCGUCAAGGAGUCUUGCCCGAUCAAUACACCUACCCUAUCUUGCUCCAAGCUUGUGGGUCUGUUUCUGAUAUGGUUUUGGGAAAACAAAUUCACUGUCACGUUGUUUUGCUUGGACUUGUUCAUAAUUUAUUUGUACAAAACGCCCUUCUCCAUUUGUAUUUGGUUUUUGGCUCAAUGGCCCAGGCGUGGCAGUUGUUUGAUGAAAUGAAUGAAAGAGAUGUUGUGUCUUGGACAACCUUCAUUUCAGGACUUGUCACUCAUGGAUUUUGUAUUGAAAGCCUAUUAGUUUUUAGUCGGAUGAUGGAUAGAGCAUUGGACACACGGCCUAAUGUUGCCACUAUAAUUUCUGUAAUGUCUGCUUGUGCAAUUCUGGGUUCUUUGGAUCAUACUAGGUGUUUGCAUUCUUACUUGGAGAAGGCUGGGUGGAUUGAGGUGGAGGUCUCUGUAAGGAAUGCACUGUUAGAUGCUUAUGCAAAAUGUGGCAGCAUGGAUUGUGGCACCCAAGUUUUUCAUGAAAUGCAUGGUGUUCAGAAGGAUCUGUAUUCUUGGACUACAAUGAUUGCAAGCUUAGCCAUGCAUGGACAUGGCAUCGAUGCAAUCAAUUUGUUCAUGCGAAUGAAGCAGGAAAUGGGAAUUAAACCAGACGCCAUCACAUUUGUUGUUGUUCUCUCAGCUUGCGCACAUGCAGGGCUAGUUAAUGAGGGGUUGCAGUUUUUUGAAUCCAUGGAGGCAGAAUUUGGCAUUGUGCCUGAGCAGAAGCACUACGGGUGUAUGGUGGACCUCUUAGGUAGAGCCGGGCUACUUCAAUAUGCCUAUGAAUUUGUUGACAGGUUGCCUAUUGAGCCAAAUUUAGCUAUAUUGGGCUCCUUGCUUAGUGCAUGUAGAGUUCACAAUAAUUUGGUGUUGGCAGAGGCUGUUUUGAAGAAGAUUGAGUCAUCAUGUGAGUAUGGUGGUGGAGCUCAUGUACUUCUAUCUAAUUUGUACGCAAAUGAAAACCGUUGGUUCGAAGUCGUCGAUGUUAGAGAGGGGAUGGCAGGAAAGGACAAUCAUGUGAAGGGAAAGCCUCCCGGUCGAAGUUGGAUCCAAGUAAAAGGUGUGGUCCAUGAGUUUGUCGUUGGAGGUAAAUUUCAUCCACAAGCUGUAGAGUUGUACAUGGCUCUGGAUGGACUAUCAAAAUUGUUAGUGUAAUGGUAAUUUAGAUUGAUUUUUUCUAAUUUUCUACACCUGUUGGAAAUGUAGGAUUUUACUUGAAUAGUGGAAUGAUCU